AUGUUUGUUUGUUGUUGCAGCACAACGCUCCGAUCCCUCAGGGCGGCCGGGGGGCGAUCCAGUUCAUCAGUCGGUACCACCACUCGGUACCACCACUUGGUACCACCACUUGGUACCACCACUCAGUACCAUCACUCAGUACCACCACUCGGUACCACCACUCGGUACCACCACUCGGUACCACCACUUGGUACCACCACUCAGUACCACCACUCGGUACCACCACUCGGUACCACCACUCAGUACCACCACUCGGUACCACCACUCGGUACCACCACUCAGUACCACCACUCAGUACCACCACUCAGUACCACCACUCGGUACCAUCACUCGGUACCACCACUCAGUACCACCACUCAGUACCAUCACUCGGUACCACCACUCAGUACCAUCACUCAGUACCACCACUCGGUACCACCACUCAGUACCACCACUCAGUACCACCACUCAGUACCAUCACUCGGUACCACCACUCAGUACCACCACUCAGUACCAUCACUCGGUACCACCACUCAGUACCACCACUCAGUACCACCACUCGGUACCAUCACUCGGUACCACCACUCAGUACCAUCACUCGGUACCACCACUCAGUACCACCACUCAGUACCACCACUCAGUACCAUCACUCGGUACCACCACUCAGUACCAUCACUCAGUACCACCACUCGGUACCACCACUCAGUACCACCACUCAGUACCACCACUCGGUACCACCACUCGGUACCAUCACUCGGUACCACCACUCAGUACCAUCACUCAGUACCACCACUCAGUACCACCACUCGGUACCACCACUCGGUACCACCACUCAGUACCACCACUCGGUACCACCACUCGGUACCACCACUCAGUACCACCACUCAGUACCACCACUCAGUACCACCACUCGGUACCAUCACUCGGUACCACCACUCAGUACCACCACUCAGUACCAUCCACUCAGGUACCACCACUCAGUACCAUCACUCAGUACCACCACUCGGUACCACCACUCAGUACCACCACUCAGUACCACCACUCAGUACCAUCACUCGGUACCACCACUCAGUACCACCACUCAGUACCAUCACUCGGUACCACCACUCAGUACCACCACUCAGUACCACCACUCGGUACCAUCACUCGGUACCACCACUCAGUACCAUCACUCGGUACCACCACUCAGUACCACCACUCAGUACCACCACUCAGUACCAUCACUCGGUACCACCACUCAGUACCAUCACUCAGUACCACCACUCGGUACCACCACUCAGUACCACCACUCAGUACCACCACUCGGUACCACCACUCGGUACCAUCACUCGGUACCACCACUCAGUACCAUCACUCAGUACCACCACUCAGUACCACCACUCGGUACCACCACUCGGUACCACCACUCAGUACCACCACUCGGUACCACCACUCGGUACCACCACUCGGUACCACCACUCGGUACCACCACUCGGUACCACCACUCGGUACCACCACUCGGUACCACCACUCGGUACCAUCACUCAGUACCACCACUCAGUACCAUCACUCGGUACCACCACCACUCGGUACCAUCACUCGGUACCACCACUCAGUACCACCACUCGGUACCACCACUCAGUACCAUCACUCAGUACCACCACUCAGUACCACCACUCGGUACCAUCACUCGGUACCACCACUCAGUACCACCACUCGGUACCACCACUCGGUACCACCACUCGGUACCACCACUCGGUACCACCACUCAGUACCAUCACUCAGUACCACCACUCGGUACCAUCACUCGGUACCACCACUCAGUACCACCACUCAGUACCACCACUCGGUACCACCACUCAGUACCACCACUCGGUACCAUCACUCGGUACCAUCACUCAGUACCACCACUCAGUACCACCACUCGGUACCACCACUCAGUACCACCACUCAGUACCACCACUCAGUACCACCACUCGGUACCACCACUCAGUACCACCACUCGGUACCACCACUCGGUACCAUCACUCGGUACCACCACUCAGUACCACCACUCGGUACCACCACUCAGUACCAUCACUCAGUACCACCACUCAGUACCACCACUCGGUACCAUCACUCGGUACCACCACUCAGUACCACCACUCGGUACCACCACUCGGUACCACCACUCAGUACCAUCACUCGGUACCACCACUCAGUACCACCACUCAGUACCACCACUCGGUACCAUCACUCGGUACCACCACUCAGUACCAUCACUCAGUACCACCACUCAGUACCACCACUCGGUACCAUCACUCGGUACCACCACUCAGUACCACCACUCGGUACCACCACUCGGUACCACCACUCAGUACCACCACUCGGUACCACCACUCGGUACCACCACUCAGUACCAUCACUCGGUACCACCACUCAGUACCACCACUCAGUACCACCACUCGGUACCACCACUCAGUACCAUCACUCGGUACCACCACUCAGUACCACCACUCGGUACCACCACUCGGUACCAUCACUCGGUACCACCACUCAGUACCACCACUCAGUACCACCACUCGGUACCACCACUCGGUACCAUCACUCGGUACCACCACUCAGUACCACUACUCAGUACCACCACUCAGUACCAUCACUCAUCUGGACAGAGACACAUCCAGUUCAUCACUCGGUACCACUCAGUACCACCACUCAGUACCAUCACUCGGUACCACCACUCGGUACCACCACUCAGUACCACCACUCGGUACCAUCACUCGGUACCACCACUCGGUACCACCAGUCGGUACCACCAGUCGGUACCACCACUCGGUACCACCACUCGGUACCAUCACUCGGUACCACCACUCGGUACCACCACUCGGUACCAUCACUCGGUACCACCACUCGGUACCACCACUCAGUACCACCACUCAGUACCAUCACUCAGUACCAUCACUCAUCUGGACAGAGACACAUCCAGUUCAUCACUCAGUACCACCACUCGGUACCAUCACUCGGUACCACCACUCGGUACCACCACUCGGUACCACCAGUCGGUACCACCACUCGGUACCACCACUCGGUACCAUCACUCGGUACCACCACUCAGUACCACCACUCAGUACCACCACUCAGUACCACCACUCAGUACCAUCAGUCAGUACCACCACUCAGUACCACCACUCAGUACCACCACUCAGUACCAUCAGUCAGUACCACCACUCAGUACCACCACUCAGUACCACCACUCAGUACCAUCACUCAGUACCACCACUCAGUACCACCACUCAGUACCACCACUCAAGACGCAUCCAGUUCAUCACUCAGUACCAACACUCAUCUGGACAGAGACGCAUCAGAGGGACCACCACCGCCAGGAAGUAG